AUGAAGUUCCAUGAGAUGGUACAACUGCUGGAUAUGUUCCAGGAAGGUAAGAGUUGUGCUGCAGUUGGUUGCUGUUAUGAUGUCAAUGAAAGCACUAUACGCUACAUAAAGAAGAAUGAAGUAGCGAUCAGGUCUACCAUAGCAGUAAAUUCCUGUGAAAGUGCCAAAAAGAUAAUGACAAUAAGAAAUAAGCACCUUGUCAAGAUGGAAUCUACCUUGGUAUUCUGGAUCAGUAACUGCAAAAAGAAAAGCAUUCCUUUGAGUGGUAACAUCAUCUGCGAGAAAGUACAGAAAUUAUACCAUCAGUUUGACGGCGGAGAUGGAGCAGAAGGCAUUGAAGAACUGCAACCAAGACCAUUGGCAACACUGGAGUCCAAAGAUUUUCAAGCCAGCAAGGCAUGGUUUGACUGUUUCCAGAAACAGUUUAAAAUAAAGUGUGUUUCCCUGUAUGAAGAGACAGUAUCAGCUGACAAAGAAGCUGCAGAGAAGUACCUUGAGACCUUCAGGCAGAUCAUCGAGGAAAAGGGAUACAAGCUGGAACAGGUUUUCUAUAUGGACAAGACUGGCUUGUUCUGGAAGAAGAUGCCUUUCAGAACGUAUGCCAUGAAGGACAAAGCCAGAGUCCCAGGAUUGAAGGCACAGAUGGACAGAGUGAUGCUAAUUACGUGUAGCAAUGCUGCUGGCUUCAUGAUGAAACCAGGACUUAUCUACAAGUCCAUGAACCUGAGGGCUUUCAAAAAUAAGAAUAAAAAUCUGCUGCCUGCCCACUGGAUGCACAACCCCCAGGCCUGGAUUACCAAAAGUCUAACUUUGAAUUGGUUCCACCUGCUUCAUCCCUCAAGCCAAAAAAUACUUCCAAAAUGUAUGCAUGGAAUUCAAAGUAUUGCUUGUUAUGGAUAA